CGUUCUAAAAAUCAGUCAUCUCACUUUUUCUGUGUUUGUCUUUUUUCGUCUCACUCUCAAUUCUGUUCUCCCCUCCUCGAGAAUUAUCCUCUUUUAGUGAGCUCACUAAUGGAGAGUUAGUUGUCAAUGAGAGAGUUUGGUGAUUUCUCAAUGCUGAAGGAAACAGUGACCGGUGUUAGAAAUGUACUAGUGAAAUAUUAUUACUGAACUAUAAACGACAAACUAUUAAUUUAGCUUUCGUACCGGUAUUUUGCUCGUUUCUUAGCAUGAUAUUAGCACUAAUAUUCUACUUCAAGCUCUAUCCCACUAGUGCGAUCUGAAGUAGUUUUGCUCUCAGGCUUAGAACGUUUGAUUAGGUAGACUAUUUCGUUCAUUGUCAUUCAUUCAGAACUCAAUCAAUUAACUGUUUUGUGUAUGGAGCUUGUGGAACAACGGUGAGUGUAGUUAGUUCCUGUUUAACCGGCAUUCUUCAAGAAUAUUGUCCUACAGUGUCUAAAAUCUACAUCUUCCAAUCGUCGGUAUUCUGUCAAUGACUGCCAAGAGUGAAAAAGCCAUCAAAGGGAAGGAGCAGACUGAAGGUGAGGGUGGGGCAGGGUCGGGGGCGGUGGAGGUGACAAUGGGAGGUGGCAGGAGGCGGCUGUGCUCGAGCACUGUGCUGGGGGCGGCAUUGGCUCUCAUCUCCAUCCUGCUCGCUCUCGUCUGGGCGCCAAUACUCGACUACUUCGGCCGCAAGGCUCUAACGCUGCUGCCUGGUACCAUGUCCUAUGAGAAUUGGCAUAAUCCUCCAGUCCCAAUGCAUAUGGACUUCUACUUCUUCAAUUGGACAAAUCCACAUCGAAUAGCGACAGAGAAGCCACAUUUCGUUGAAAUGGGCCCCUACCGUUACAAUGAGAAGAGGCGUAAAGUGAACAUAACGUGGAAUGGGAAUGACACCGUCACCUAUCGCAACCUCCGCCAAUGGUUCUUCUCACAGGAUGAGUCAUCUGGCAGUCACAACGAUCUCAUCACUACUGUCAAUGCCGUUGCUUUGGCAGCGGCACGCCGCGUCCGCUACAAGUCCAAGUUCGAGCAGCGCACGACUUCGCUGGCGCUGACGCUGAUGUCGCAAGGCGUGCACGUGACCAAGCCGGUGCGUCAGCUGUUAUUCGACGGCUACAGCGACCCCCUCGUCACACUCGGCCACACCUUCUCGUCGGCCAACUCGCCCUUCGAUCGCUUCGGAUGGUUCUACAAGAGAAACGGCUCGUACUCAUUCGACGGCACGUUCACGAUCAACACGGGAGUGACGGACAUGAACCGUCUGGGUGUUCUCGAGCGAUGGAACUACAACACACGCACCUCCUUCUACCCGGGCCGUUGCGGCAACGUCUACGGAGGCAGUGGCGACCUCUAUCCGCCUGGCGCGAAAAACAAGCACAGCAACGUCAGUCUCUAUUCCGCCGACAUUUGCAGAUCUCUGACGAUGACGUACGCGAGGGAGGAGGACGUGCAAGGGGUACCGGUUCUGCGCUUCGAGGCGGACCCGCAACUGCUGGACAACGGGACGCAGCUGCCGGGCAACGAAUGUUUCUGCAACGGCGACUGCGUCCCGUCCGGGCUGCUCAACCUGACACGAUGUCGCUUCGGUAUGCCCGCAUUCGUCUCGUUCCCGCACUUCCACAACGCCGACCCCUUCUACCUGCGACAGGUUGACGGUCUCUCGCCCGACGCUGCACGACACACCUUCUUCAUGUCUGUUGAGCCGACGAUGGGUUACCCACUGGACAUGGCAGCAAGGAUUCAAGUCAACUUGUUGGUUGAACCAUCUCAGCAUAUAGCGCUUUUUGACAAAGUGCCACACCCCAUGUUCCUGCCUGUGCUUUGGGUGGAGCAGCGGUUCGCUCUCCCACCAGAUGUCGCUGCUAGUCUUCGGAUGGCUCUCCUCCUGCCUACCAUUGGAUACACGGUUAUAUUGAUCUGCUUCCUCGUCGGUGUGGGAAUAGCCGUCUAUUCAGUUAUGCAAACAAAAAAAGAGGAACCCAUCAAACUUCAGCAUAAAACAUUAACGUAAAACAAUUUCUUCUACGAUAUAUCACCGCCAUUGAGUUAAAACUGGCUCUUGCUCUGUUGAAAAUAUUCAAUCAAUUACAAAUAACACUAUUCAGAACUGAAAUUGAAAACGUUGGUGAUGAACAAAAAUGGAGCCAGUAACAUAUUUUUUAUUGAAUUCUGAAGAUAUCAGAAAAUUACAAAAUUAUACUCAUCUUAAUUGCUCAUGGAAUGAGUCAUUCGAUCAAAUUCAGCUUUCUUCAUAUUGAUGGAAAGAUAAUUUAUGCUUUAAAAACAAUGGCAUCAUAAACUGGCAAUUCAAAUCUUAUUUUUGUAGAUAUUCUAUGACGAUUAUCCAAGGAUAAUUAAUUUUGUAUAUUGUAUAAACUAUUUGACUUAAUGUUUUAUAAUUCUUUGCUCUAUCCUUUUUUCAAGAAUGACUAGUCAAACACUUAAAUUGCGCCAGACUUCAAAUUAAUGUAUUUCUCUAUUAUUUAUUUUCUGUAUCAUUGACUGAAAUGUUUAAUCAUGAUUUCUCAGUUGAAUCUAUAUGAUUGUUUAUUGGGGCGUGGAAAUUCAAUAUUAUGUAACCUGUGAAAGUUUUUAUUCAUGUCAAGGAAGAAUUAUCCGAGGACUUACUGAGUCCUGGACUCAGUAAGUCAAGAACUUAUACAA